AUGGCGGCUGCGGCUCAGGCGCUGAGCGGCUCCGGGCUUCUCCUGGCUGCCGCCGCCCUCGCCCUUCUGGCCGUGGCCAUCGGCACUGACUCCUGGUACGAGACGGACGCGCGGCGGCACCGCGAACGCUGCCGCGGCUUCGGCCACAAACGCAGCGACCCGCCAGGCUCCAUGUCGGCGCCCAGCUCGCACCUGCCGCUCCGCGCCCGGCCCCCGCGGGCCCUACUGCCUGGACGGCCCCCGGCCCCCGCCCCGGCCGCCGCUGCCGCGGCUCUGGACUCGCACUGCGGCCGCCGCUUCAAUUCCACCGUUUCGGGGCUCUGGAGGCGCUGCCACCGCGCGGGCUACGAGCCGGACAGCGAAGAGCUCAUCCGGAAAGGAGUUAUUCAGCGCUGCACAGCUGUGAAGUACCACUACACCUCCAGCUCGCUGCCUCGAAACUUACCUAUCAACAUCACAAACACCAUCCGGCAGGAUGAGUGGCAUGCACUCCAUCUGCGGAGGAUGACUGCUGGCUUCAUUGGCAUGGCAGUCUCCAUCAUCCUGUUUGGGUGGAUCAUUGGUGUGCUGGGCUGCUGCAAACAGCAGGAGCUCAUGCAGUAUGUGGCUGGGCUGCUCUUUCUGAUGGGAGGUACGUGCUGCAUCAUCUCGCUCUGCACAUGUGUAGCUGGGAUCAAUUUUGAGUUGUCUCGCUAUCCUCGCUACGUCUAUGGGCUGCCUGAGGACAUCAGUCAUGGCUAUGGCUGGUCCAUGUUCUGUGCCUGGGGAGGCCUGGGCCUCACCCUCCUGGCUGGGUUCCUCUGCACACUGGCCCCAUCCCUCAACACUUCUCGGGCGUCUGUACAAAAACCCAGACAAGAGAAUGGGGCCGUGUGA